GGUAGCCCAAACCUGUCGGGCAGGUUUGGAGAGCGGCGGGACGGAGAAGGGUGAAGGAUGCGCGGCCUGCCCCGUGCGCCGCUCGCACUCUCGGCUCCCUGAACCCCGUCCUCCCACCCGCAGCCUACCGGCCGACCCCAUGGUGCGCUCGCCUGACCUCCUGGCGGCCCUCCUGGGCCUGGGCCUGGGGGCAGUCCUGACCCUCCCGGGGGCGGGCGCGGCGGGCUGCAGAGCCCUCGGCCCGGCGGACCGCCUGGUUUUCGCCCCGGCGGCCAAGGCCCGCUGGCUGCCCCCUCGCGUCCGCGCCCCGGGACCCCUGGACUCACUGUACGGCACCGUGCGCGGCUUCCUCUCCGUGGUGCAGCUCAACCCCUUCCCCGCGGAGCUGAUAAAGACCCUGCUGAAUGAGCCGGCCUCUGUGAAGGUGGAUGAGGUGGUGCGGUACCAGGCCGGCUACGUGGUGUGCGCUGUGAUCGCCGGCCUCUACCUGCUGGCCAUGCCCGCCGCGGGGCUCUGCUUCUGCUGUCUGCGCUGCCGCCGGCGCUGCGGGGGUCGAGUGAAGAUGGAGCACAGGACGAUGGCCUGCGAGCGUGCUGUCCUCGUGACGUUCCUGCUGCUGACCACCCUCGUGCUGCUGAUCGGCGUGGUCACUGCCUUUGUCACCAACCAGCACAUGCACGAGCAGAUGGGCCCCAGUGCCAAGGCUGUGCCGGAGACCCUGCUCAGCCUCCGGGGCCUGGUUUCCGAGGUCCCCCUGGAGCUGCAGGCCGUGGCAGAGCAGUUUUCCCUUCCUCAGGAGCAAGUCUUGGAGGAACUUAAUGACAUCGGUAGCAGCAUCGGGACGGCGAUCCACUCCCAGCUCAAGAGCACCGUGUAUGAGGCGCUGGCCUCAGUGCUCAGCCUGGGACAGGCCCUGCAGGUCUCCGUGGACCACCUCCGAGGCCUGAACGCCACCUCCGUGGAGCUGCAGGAGGGGCAGGAGGCCCUGGUCCCGGCUCUCCGUGGGCACCAGCAGCGCCUCCUGGCUCUACUGCAGGAGCCCCACUGCCAGGGCUGUGCAGGGGCCCUGGACAAAGGCCACAGCCUGGAGCUGGGGGCAGACUUCAGCCAGGUGCCCUCCGUGGACCACGUCCUACAUCGGCUGGAAGGCGUCCCAGAGGCCAACUUCUACAGCAUGGUCUGGGAGGAGAACACCACCUUCAACGCCCUCCCGACCCUAGCUGCCUUGCAGACGGCCGACAUGGUCAGAGAGCUGAAGAAGGUGGUGGCUGAGCAGCCCAGGGAGCUAAACACAAUGGGAGAAGCGUUCCCAGUCUGGGAGGCAGCUUCUCGCUGGAGCCAGGCGCUGGAGGAGGUCGAAGAGCGCAGCCGCCCCUUCCUGGAGGAAGUGCAGAGAUAUGAGAGAUACAGGUGGAUUGCAGGUUGCGUGCUGAGCUCUGUGGUCCUGCUUGUGGUGGUCUGUAACCUGGUGGGCCUCAACCUGGGCAUCUGGGGGCUAUCUGCCAGAGAGGACCCCAGCCACUCGGAAGCCAAGGGUGAAGCCGGAGCCCGCUUCCUCAUGGUGGGUGUGGGCUUCAGCUUCCUCUUUGCUGUGCCCCUCAUCCUCCUCGUCUUCUCCACCUUCCUGGUGGGCGGCAACAUGCAGACGCUGGUGUGCCAGAGCUGGGAGAGCGGAGAGCUGUACGAGUUUGUAGGCACUCCAGGGAACUUGCCGCCAUCCGUGAACUUGUCCCAACUUCUUGGCCUGAAGAAGAACCUCAGCAUCCUCCUGGCCUAUGAGCAGUGCAAGCAAGGGGCCGUGCUCUGGACCGUCCUGCAGCUCAAUGACUCCUACGACCUGGAGAAGCACCUGGAUAUCAGCCAGUACACCGUCAAGCUGCAGCAGGAGUUGCAGAAGCUCAAAGUGGACGUGAAGAAUCUGGACCUGCUGAGCCCAGCCGCCCGUCGGGAUCUGGAGGCUCUGCAGAGCAGUGGGCUCGAGAGCAUUCACUACCCUGGCUUCCUUGCUGAGAUCCAGAAGCCAGUGGUGAAUAGUGACGUGGAGAAGCUGGUCCAGGAGCUGGAGGGACUGUCCCAGACCCAAGGCAAUGCUACGCUGGGGCAGAAGCUGCAGGAAGAGGCCCGAGGGCUCCAACACCUCCAUCAGGAGAAGAUCCUCCCACAGCAGAACCUUGUGGCUAAACUCAACCGCAGUGUCCAGGCACUGGCGUCCUCUGCCCCACAUCUCCAGUUGGAGAUCUCAGGUGUCCUGGACAGAGUCACUCACCUGAAAGGAGAGCUGCCGACCCGGGCCACCCAUAUCCUGAGGAAUGAAAGUGAGUGUUUCCUGAAGCGGGAAAUGGGCUACUUCUCCCAGUACAUGGCCUGGGUGAGAGAGGAGGUGACUCAGCGCAUUGCCACCUGCCAGCCCCUCUCCGCAGCCCUGGACAGUGGCCGUGUGAUCCUGUGUGACAUGGUGGCUGACCCCUGGAACGCCUUCUGGUUCUGCCUGGGGUGGUGCACGUUUUUCCUGAUCCCCAGCAUCGUAUUUGCUAUCAAGACCUCCAAGUACUUCCGUCCCAUCCGGAAACGCCUCAGCUCCACCAGCUCCGAGGAGACGCAGCUCUUCCACAUCCCCCGGGUCACCUCCCUGAAGCUCUAGGACCCCAGUGACACGGAUAUGGCCGCAGGGUGAUACACGGGGCUGCCUGCCUCCCCACUGACUUGGCUGGGACCAGAGGACUUCCGUCACUUUUGCUGCCAGAGCCCAGGCUGGCAUCCAGGCCUGGAUUGUCCCCUGUCUCCAGUUACCAGACACCCUCUUGCUAAUCCCUUUGCACCCCACUUUCUGCUCAUGACCCCUUCAUUCAUUCAUUCUUAAAAACACACUUAGCUUCUUUUGAACUUCAGAGCCAACAGAAUCCCCCAGGUGUUUCCCUUCUCCUCCUUGCAGUAUAUCAGCACCAGGAAGAGCCUGUUGUCCCCCUAGAGGAACCCCCUCCCUGCGCCUCUCCAAGCCCCUUGCUCACUCCCUCCUCUCCUCUGGCCCCCACUUGCCCUCUUGGCCCUGUUCCCUCCCCGGCCCUCACUUCCUCCCCCGGGAAGCCCUUUCCCCCUGUGUCCCCUCUUUACCUUAUGCCACUAUCUGCUGACCCCGAGACCCCUCCUGUCCAGCCACACUGAUCAGGUAAAGCCAUCAAGCAAGCCUGAGCCAGCUGCAGGCUCAGCCUCGUGGCCCCGAGCCCUCCACUCCUAGGCACUGGGACCACCCCUCCACAGACCCCGGCCCAGAUUACUGGCCCCGGGAGUGCAGGAGGCCCAUGUGAAGACUGAGCCCCCGCCUGCACCUUGGGCUGGGAAUUACGCCGCUGCCCCUCUGCCCUUCUCUGAGCACUGGCUUCCUAAGAAGGGACCUAGGCUGUGGGCUGCAGUGGGGCUCACCUGCGGCACCCCAGAAAGUAGCCUCUUCGACAGCUACCCAGCUUUUCCAGGAGAGAUCUGGUGGCCACAAGGGGGUUUUGCACGAUGGCCCUUACUCCUUCAGUCCCAUGCAUGUGGCCAGGUGUCAUCCCCUCUCCAUCUUUGUGUCAGAUCCUGGGUUCUAGAAGUGGGGGAGAGGAAGAGAGAGAACAGGAAGUGGACAGGACCUCGGAUCCAUUCAAGUGUUUUCACUGGCUAAGCCUUAGCUUUGGGUCUUUCAGCUCUCCCAGGCUGGGGCCCUGGAUGUGGUUGGUGUUCAAUGAGUGUGGAGAGGGAACUUCAAGGCCUCCUCUGACCACAGGCAUCCAGGGGUCACCUCAACAAUGAGCAGGUGGGGUGGGGCCCACUCUGGGAGCAGUCAGACCUGGCUUCACUCUGGGCUCUAGUGUAUGGUGACCAGGGUACCUUGAACAUGAUCCAUAGGUCCUCCAGACCUCAGUUUUUCCACCUGUAAAAUGGGAAAAGAGUCAUAGCCAUCUCAUAGGGUUGUAAAUAAUGUAACAAUGUGUGGAAACCCCUUGGCAGGGGACUGUCACAAAACAAAUACUCAAAUGCUGCUAUUUCUCUCUCAUUUUUUUUUGCCAUGACUACUCUGGGCCGGGGCAGAGCUGGGUCUGGGCAGAUAUAAGCGAAGAGGGAGGCAGGUUCCUGUUCAAAGGAGCAAAGGCCUUUAAGAUAAGAAUCUGCUGAGUUUUCAGGGGGUGUCUAUUUUUAAUUGCAUCUUACAAACCAGCAACAAAUUUGCUACUAGAAAUUGGGAUGGUGUCCCAACUUUCACUACUGCCAACACACACAGACCAGCAUCCUUAAACGUGGCACAGUCGCCUCUUUUUGGCUUUUCCCAGAACAGUCUUGGCUUGCUUUUCAUCUGUUUCCUGCAUAGGGAACUGUAGCCCCUUGCAUUUUAAGAAUUAAAUUGAUGGGAUAAAAACAGAAAAUGAUUAAAAAAUAAUUUCUAGUUCUCUA